AUGGUUUACUUUCACACAACAGGACCAUUGGAAUUCGUUGGAGGAAGCGGUAUACAGAAAUUGCCACCAGACGAUGAAAACACCGCAACGCUGGAUUCUUUCCUAGAGAAGGAUGGAGAUCACAUGUCAUGGGAACGGAUUGAGAAACCAGUUACAGCGAGCGCUCUUUGUGAAGCGAGUAACCCUAUCAAAACAGCAUUUAAGGUUAGUAGGAAGCUUCUUGACCUGGCUGAAACGACCACUGUGAACACAAAAUCCUUGGAGGAACUUGCUGUUAAAGUUCAGGAUUUUGCGUUUGAUCUAUUGGACCAAGUAGAGAGGAAGGAAGACAUGUACAUCAAAGAUGAAGAUAUGGAUCGUUCGGGUUCCCUUUUUAGUAAGAUAACAGAUAAUGCAAUUGCAGAAAAACAGAAGAAGUUUUUGUCGCAUCCAUUUGUGUUCAAAAGAGUGGAGAAACGAUGGAAGUAUGGCUUAUCAAAAGAUUUCCAGUCCAAAACACUAUGCCGGGUUCUUCUUGUUUUGAUAAUGAUGGUCGACGUAAUUUUGACUCCCAUACUGCUUCCAUUAAUCGCGUUUGCAUUAGACGUGUGGAACUACGUAGAUUUCCUAGUUGUUGCGAUUUAUAGCAUCACUUUCUCUUGCCGAAUAGUAACUUUGAUAAUCGGUGGAGAUUCCUACCACAAUCGUUGGUUAGAAAUCGCUAACUAGGGCUACGGCCUCAACACAUUGUUCCUUACUCUACGAUUUAGCAGCGUCUUACAGCUCAGUUCAGUUGUUGGUCCCCUGCAGCUGGCGUUGUUUAGAAUGUGUAGGGACUUGUUGGUCAUACUAAUUCAGUUUGCUUUCGUCGUUGUGGCAUUUUCAAUGGCCAUCACGAAGUGUUACACAACUGAAACAUCGUACCUGAUGCUACAAAACAACCAAUCCCAUUAUACAGAGUACUGUGAUCCAGGCAAUAUCGAAUGUUUUGUUAAGUCUACAUUGGAUCUUGUCUGGUCAAUUUUUGGAAUGACCCACGCGGAAGAGAUGCGAUCUCACACCAAUUUGACGUCGACAAUUGUUCUUUUCCUAUUCUUGAGCUUUUUGGUGUUGUCAGUUCUCAUGUUGGUUAACAUCCUAGUAGCCUUAUUAACAACGACUUAUGCCAACUGCAGGAACCGCUGGAAAAUCAAUUACACCUACUCGCGCUGUGUAACUGAAGAGCAGUUUAGACGUAUGCAUUGUGUUGUUGUGCCAUUCAACCUACUCAGCUUGCCAUUGGCGUCCUUGUAUUGGAGAAUGACUAAAGAUACCAGAAUUAAGAGAAAGGACAGUAAGAAUAACAAGUACAAAGAUUUCUUGGAAGGAACUUUCUUCCCCAUAAUAACAAAGCGCUACAAAAAGAAAUAUAAGGGAUCGUUUCCUUUAACAGUCGACGGUAAAUUGGAUAACCUGGAAGAGAGGCUGAAUAGAGUGGAAAAACUCAAGAUACUGGAGAAAAAAGAGCAAGAGAGUCAAGAGCCAGACCGAUUGGAGAAGAUGGAAGAAAAGCGGACUAUGACUAGUAAAGGUCGAGAAAAACAGAAGAACAGGGAGGAGAAGAAACAGAGAAUGAAGUUGGCGAAUCCUUCGAAGAGAAAGAGAGUCUCUCCGUAGAUCAGUCGAUAUUUCUGAUAACUUUUUCCAUUCAGCAAAUUCCUUCAACUAGAGGAAUCUCAAUUUUCAGGAAAUGUGUGUGUGUGUUUGUUAACUUAAUCUAAGGAACAUUUGGAUCUAAUUCCAAAUGGUGUGUGUAAACUUUGACGUUUAUUCCAGGACGUUUUGUUUCUUGUGUGUUUAAAUUUCAAGAUGUCUGGAUAUCAUCAUUACCACAUUUUUAGGAGGAAAUGAAGUCUGUAAGACUCUUUCUCUCAGCAGCCGAGCGAGAGACAGCAGUCCAAAUCGUGCUUAAUCGAUUAUGACUGAUAGCGCUGGAGUAAUCGUCCUGCAGCUUUGAUUCAGUUUGAAAUGAAAUGCGAAAGCAACUACGUUAACUUUACAGUGUAUGGAUAUUGCUUAAAUUGCAUAUAGAUUUGGAUGCUACCCUUACAAAUGAAGAGACAUUUAUCUCACAACUGAUUAACUAAUUACGUUGGGGUAAUCAUCUAACAACUUCGAUUUAGUUUGAAAUGAAAUGCUAAACCAAUUACGCUUUUUUGUAUAUAUGAUAUAUGAGUGUAUAAAUGUUGUGUGUGUUCCCUAUGGUUUGGAUGCUACCCUUGCGAAUGAAGAGACAUUUUUUAUCUUUUAACGCUUUGCGUAACAGUUUUUUAACUAAUCUUUAUUCACGCUAAGGUGUUAAAGCCAAUGUUUUUGAAACCAUGGAAUAUACAAAAUAUCGUUUAGGAGUCUUGCGAGUUUCAAAAUUUAACUUCAUGAAAGGUAAACAAGGACAACUAAGCUUUGAAAAAGAAACUGGCUGAAGAUGAUGAAAUGUGCGCUUAUUAUUGAAUUCACUCUUUAGGUGAAAAUGGCUCCAAGGACUUUUUGCCGGUGAUGGCUAAGGAUGAGCGGCUUCCAGUUGUUAUUUUUCUCAGUCAAUUCUGCCUUAAAUGUACAAGGAAAAGAAAAUCUACUGCAAAAAAAGAAUUUUAAGGUGACUGAGUUAUGCCGGAAACAUAAUCCUUUGUUUUUUUUUUCCUUUGAGGAAUGGCUGCUUCUCCAUCGUGAUAUCAGAAGCUCGAUUUGGAAUUGUCAUCUAAAAAUCCAUUGUCUCUGUGGGAUUAUCUCUUUCAAAAUACCGUAUUUAACUUUGUGCUACAUUAAUCCAGUAGAAAUUAUGAAAACUGAGUCCCCACCAGAAGCAAACAGUCCUUUAGCCGAAAGUGUGUCAUGAUAUUUAGCCCAGAUUCGGUGGCAAAGUUUUCUAGCCAGAAUUUACUUUUUGUAUGAACAUUGAAUCAACUUACGAGUCAGGACUUUAUCAUACGGUGUGUGUG